AUGGCGCCCAAAACGUCAGAGCAGAUGCUUCGUUUGUGGUAUGCCAAACAAUGGGCUCCCACAGUUGAUCUGAUUGGCGACAUUGCCGGCAAAGAGCCAUUCAUUAUUCAUGGCGAGUCCCUGAUUCGACACUGUCUUGAAGAAUCGCCUGCCGACUUUCAAGAUGGAUUUCAGUUAUUGCACGCCGUAUACUUCGUUGAAAGAUUCCUUAGCAAUCUUCAAAAGAGAGGCUGCGACUUUGAUAUUGUCUUCUUCCGCGAUUUAAGAGAUGUCUAUACCACCAUAUUGCGGUUUUUUAUCCGUCGUCUGAUCUCUAUGGGCAAAAAUGUAGCCAUCGUUAACUCUCUUAAUUGGAAGAGUUCAAAGGCGUUUCUUCUUCAUCUCGCAGUCCUCAAGCACUGCACCCUACUUGAACGUCAGCAUUGGGUUGGACCCCAGCGUUGCCAUCUACACCCUGAGGACCGAGAGUUCUUGCGUCAUAUCAUUGAACUGUCAUUGAUGUUGUUGGAAAAAGAUGAUUGGAUAACCAGCAUGGAUAUUUCUGAAAAUGACUGGGAUCUGUAUGAUUCCAUUGAUGGAUCUUUGUUCCAUUUCAUGCUCGAGUCUCUCCGCUCUAGUCAGUGGCUUCCCAGCCAAAUCAUCCAGUCGUGGCAACGGCUUUGGUCAGCUUUUCGCGCAGGAACGGAUGCGGAUUUUGUAGAGCAUCUCCCGCAACUUACUAUUACUUCGGAGGAGAACCUUCAAGGAGAGUUUAAUGGCUUGCAAGUCUCGGCUUUGCCUUUUAGCCAUCCUGUGCUUGACACCUUUCUCAAGGACAUCAAGCUGAAUGAGAGUCAGGAAGUACAAGACGCGUCCUCUCACUCCGUCUUUGAGGAUCUACACCAUUGGCAUAACACCAAGCUGCUAAUACCUCAGAGAAAGAUCCAAAAGCUCGGCUUUUUCGCGAGAAAGAGAAAGCAAGAGCGUCUUGCUAGCGUUGUAGCAUAUUCGGCGAGUCUCACUAACGCCAGAGGCAAACUCAUUAACCCUGAGAUUGUCGUCGUAAAGAAGACUGUUGCUGUGCAUAACUUCAAGAAUAAGGGGCCCCAGAAAGAGAAUGGCAGUCUUCAAUCUCAAUCGAAAUCCAAGAAACCGGGUCGCCAAGGAAACAAGCCGGGUGGCAGAGAGAGUGCACUACGAGCGGCCCAGGAGGAUCCUUCUGUUUUAUCUCGGUACCUCAAGACUAUCAAGUUCUUAAACGAACGAUCCAAGGAUGACAAUGUUGCGCUGGGAUCCGAGAUCCACCUUUACCUGUGCCAUCUUCUUGGGCAGUUAUGGGCAAAAGCACAGGCAGCUAAUAAAAUAUCCCCUAGUUCCGGGGUUUACCUCAUCGCACUUAUGUGGAAAUGGCUUCAGGAGCUUCCGGCCAUUGGGGCAUCCAAGGCAGUAGCCAAAGCAGUUGAGAAACUGACAUCUUGCCUCAAGAUUCCAAACCUCGUGGUUAAUGUUGGAGACCAGACGCAAAAGAUGUCGUUCAAAUUUGACUAUGGUUCUUUCAAGAACAUGAAGAAUGCUUGGCAGAUUAAGGUUCUCGAUUCAAUUGAUGCCAAUAACAGUCUCCUUGUCAUUGCUCCAACCUCUGCGGGUAAAACGUUCAUUUCAUUCUACGCUAUGAAGAAAGUACUCGAGGAAAGCGAUGACGGAGUUUUGGUAUAUGUUGCUCCGACCAAGGCUCUGGUAAACCAGAUAGCCGCCGAAAUUGGCGCUCGCUUCACCAAAACAUAUAAUAAGCAGGGCAAGUCUGUUUGGGCAAUAUACACUCGGGACUACCGAGUCCAAAGCCCAACUGGAUGCCAAAUACUUGUCACCGUACCCCAUAUGCUGCAGAUCCUCUUGCUUGCACCGACAAACGCCAAAGGCCCAAAUGCAUGGUCACAACGUAUCAAGAGGAUCAUAUUCGACGAAGUUCAUUGUAUUGGCCAGGAUGAAGAUGGUGUGAUUUGGGAACAGCUGCUUCUAUCUGCUCCAUGUCCCGUCAUCGCGCUCUCAGCAACCAUUGGAAACCCCGAGCCUUUUCGGGAGUGGCUUUCACAAGUUCAGAAAAGCAAAGGAUUGAAACUAGAUACGGUAGUGCACACGGCUCGCUAUUCGGAUCUUCGAAAAUUCAUUUACAUGCCUCAAGAACACGAACCAUUUCACGGACUUCGACGCAACAAGACACUUCCCGUUCCUGGAUUAGACGAAGGUGACAAGCCUUGUCCCGAUUUCCAAUUCAUCCACCCAGUAGUGGCUCUAACUGAUAGGGCUCGCACGGCGCUUGAGGAUCUCUCUCUGGAGGCGAGAGAUUGUCUACGCCUUUGGGAAAGCAUGAAGAAGAUUCUCUCAGAGGAAGAGCUUGUCAAAUUUGGUGUCCAAGAUCCCUCUACCAUCCUCCCAGAGACAAUAUCAAAGUCGGAUGUUCUUCGGUGGGAGGCAGAGCUCAAACAAUCACUCCGACGCAUCAUAGAGAGCCAAGGCUCUGCGUUUCAGAAAAUCAGGAAGCUUUUGCAGUUACGUUCAAACCAAGAGAUCCUUCCUGACGAGUUUACUCGUGACUUGAAAAGCAUAUUUCAUCUAGUCGUCGGUUUGCAUAGGCAAGAUGCUCUGCCUGCUCUGGUGUUUCACUAUGACACUCAAGGCUGUGAGAAGGUUGCGAAGCUUAUAUGCCUGAUGCUUCUUGAGUCUGAGAAAGAGUGGAAAGAAAAUUCAGCCGAAUGGGCUCAGAAAAUUAAAGACUACGAGGCUUGGAAGAGGUCUGAGGCCAGCCAACAGAGUCGAAGGGUCGUUCAACGGAACAGAGGCGAAGGAAGCGAUUCCAGAAUGUCAAAGCAAGAGCAGUUACGCGAAGAGGCAAAUAUCGAGACAAGUGCUUGGGCGAGUUUCAACCCAAAUGCUCCGCUGGAACGAUUCAGUUUCGCAGAUACGACGAAGAUGCAAGCAUUGGAGGCGAAUGAAAUGAUUCGCCCUCUACGAGGAGCGGUUGAUGUUUUGCUGCUAGCAGCUCUCCAACGCGGCGUUGGAGUGCACCACUCCGGUCUGAACCGAGAAUACCGUCAAGUGGUUGAGGUUAUGUUCCGUAAAGGGUAUUUGAGGGUGGUUGUUGCCACUGGUACACUGGCCCUCGGUAUCAAUAUGCCCUGCAAAACGGUCAUAUUCCACGAAGAUUCAGUGUUUCUCACUGCCCAGAACUUCAGACAAGCUUCAGGACGUGCUGGACGUCGAGGAUUUGAUCUUCUCGGGAACAUUGUGUUCAAUCAGAUCCCACGAGAACGCGUGUACGAAAUCAUGUCGGCGCGGCUGCCCGGCCUCAAUGGACAGUUUCCGAUAUCCACUACCCUUGUCCUCAGGCUAUUCUCGCUACUUCAUGGAUCUGAAAACUGCCAAUUUGCAGUCACCAUGGUGCAGUCGUUGCUUUCGCAAACGCGUCUCUACCUGGGUGGACCAGAAUCGGAGAUGUCCAUUAAGCAUCACGUUCGGUUUUCCAUUGAAUACCUCAGAAGGCAGAACUUGCUUUCUGCUACUGGUGUGCCUAUUAAUUUUGCCAGCAUUAUAGGCCACUUAUACUUUAUGGAGAAUGCAGUGUUUGCUUUUCACUCCCUACUGAGGGGCGGGUAUUUCCAUCAGCUCUGCUCAGAUAUCUAUAAAAGUCCAGAGCGAGUAUUACUGGAGAUGAUGCUGGUGCUUUCACAUUUGUUUGUCCGAAUACCUGUCAAGGAGAAUGAGAAAUUGGUUGAAAUAGCCAAAACCUCGUCUUCUGUCAUCUUCCUUCCGCCUCUCCCGCAGGAAGCGGAAAGCCUGCUCAUACGACAUAACAAGGAGACUCUUUCCAUCUUCAAGAGAUAUGUCCAGUCGUAUGUCAAUCAUAACUUGACGAAUAAGAGGGAUCGGUCGUUGCCGUUUACCCAAACGGUCGUUGGUCAGGAAAACCCCAUCCAUUGGGCCGCUGCGGACUCGAGCGCUGCUGGCAUGGUGCGAUCCCCUUUCGUUGCCUUGUCUGGGAAAACGGACGACUUCAAGACAAUUCACGAACUAUGUCAGACGGCGCGCGGAGAUGUCUUUUUGGAGGAAUCGGCCAUUCCAUCGAUACCAAUCUGGCCACACGAUACCAACGUGAGAUUCAACGCAUAUUUGUACGAUUAUUACAAGCACGGCAGCAUGCAUGUCCUUGCGAGAGACAACGGAAUCCGACGCGGAGACGUGUGGUUUCACCUUAAAGAGUUCUCUCGCACUUUGUCUACCAUCAUUAGCAGUCUAACUAUCCUUAUGGACGCCAAAGAUCUGGACGCGGAAGAGGAGUUUGAAAGCUUCGAAAACGAGGCCGAAACCACAGCCAGUGGAUCUGAAGAUGGCAGUGAUGAAGAGGCAGCUUCAUCCGCAACUAGUCUAGAUGGUUGGGAUGAUGGCGAAGAUAUCCCUACCGGGGGACAGAAAAAGGGCAAAGGCUUACACCGAGUGUUGUAUGCAUUCAUUCGAUUGAGGGAGGAGUUUGAUGGCAAGUUCCACCGAGAGUGGGCGUAA